UGGAGAAAUGAACAGCUGCCUCUCUCAGCUUGUGUAGUCUGUAGAGGAACUCUGAGGGAAAAAGCAAUUUAGAGCAAUGUUCGUAUGCGGUUCUUACAGCAGAGUUUUGCACUUUGCAUUCGGCUCAUAAGACUGAAGGACAGAGAACAAUAUUCCUUUAUUUACAUGACAGUACUUGAAUCACAACUUGGUAACAAUUCUGAAGCCUGGCUGUAAAAUCAAAGAUAUAUGUGAUGCAAAUUAUUUUGUCAGAAAGACAAUACUAAAGAAAAGAAGAACUACAAAAAGUUAACUUCUGGAGUCACAGAAUAUCCUGUAACUGCAUCUUUUAAAUAUAUUUAACGACUUGAAGAAAUAAAAUAGUACAGCUGUUGUCUUAAAGUGCCAUUUUACUCAGAGUGAAAUAAGUUACACAAUUUCCUUUUUGUUUGUAAACUGCUGGUGAGAACUCCGAAUCAGGCUUUAGUUGCAACAUUUCCUGCCUUUUUUCUCCAAAUGCCAGUCUCUGUCGAAUCCAUGACUCUGCAACAGCAGUUGCAGUCUUCUGCAGAAGUUACAGUUUGUAGCAGUGGUCUAAUUUCAGCCAAAUGUGGGAUUUAUUCUGCAAUCCUUAACAGAAACACUCGCAUCUUUGACACCAAAGGCAAAACCUACCAGCAAAUUAAGCAGGAAUGUCUGGAGCAAAGAUGUCUUUUCGAAGAUCCAGAUUUCAUUGCAGAUGACUCUUCACUCUUUUACAGCCAGAGCUUCCCUGUUAAUUUUGAAUGGAAGAGACCUGCAGAGAUCUGUGAAGAGCCAAGAUUUAUCAUUGGAGGAGCCAAUAGAACAGAUAUUUGCCAAGGAGACCUGGGAGACUGCUGGCUGUUAGCUGCUAUUGCCUGUCUAACACUGAAUGAGCAACUGCUGUUUCGAAUUAUCCCACAGGAUCAGAGUUUUAUAGAAAAUUAUGCUGGCAUCUUUCAUUUCCAGUUCUGGCGGUAUGGAGACUGGGUAGAUGUGGUUAUUGAUGACCGACUGCCAACUUUCAACAACCAGCUGGUCUUCACCAAGUCUGCAGAGAAUAAUGAGUUUUGGAGUGCACUCCUGGAAAAGGCAUAUGCCAAGCUGCAUGGCUCCUAUGAAGCACUGAAGGGUGGGAAUACCACUGAGGCCAUGGAAGAUUUUACAGGUGGACUUUCAGAAAUCUAUGAAGUGAAGAGUGCUCCAAAAGAUCUCUUUACAAUCAUGAAGAAGGCCAGUGAUAGGGGUUCCAUGAUGGGCUGUUCCAUUGAUGAUAAUGUGGGCGGUGUCUUUGAACUUCCAGCUGCUACCCAGCUAGAAAUGCAAAUAGCCAGAAUGGUCCUCAACUCCGGUGAUGAAAAGGCUAUUGCUGCCUUUGUUGGCAGCAGUGGUUUGGAUGACACACCCUUAAGGUCUUUAGUUCCCAUGCAGUUUGAAACGCGUACUACCACUGGCUUGGUCAAGGGGCACGCUUAUUCUGUCACAGGAGUGGAUGAGGUGACUUUUAAAGGGAAGAAGGUGAGACUGGUACGUCUGCGGAACCCCUGGGGUCAGGUGGAAUGGAAUGGUCCUUGGAGUGACAAUUCCAAAGAGUGGUCCCAGAUUGACAAGGCUGAGAAGACACGGCUGCAGCACAGAGUAGCUGAGGAUGGCGAAUUCUGGAUUGCCUAUGAUGAUUUCAAAAAGAACUUUACAAAAAUUGAGAUGUGCAAUCUUACCCCUGAUGCCCUCGAAAAUGAAAAGCUUCAAAAAUGGACAGUUUCAGUUAAUGAAGGACGCUGGGUGCGAGGAUGUUCUGCAGGUGGAUGUCGCAACUAUCCAGAGACAUUUUGGACCAAUCCACAGUACCGCCUAAAACUUCUGGAGGAAGAUGAUGACCCCACUGACAAUGAAGUGUCCUGUACCUUUGUGGUGGCCCUGAUGCAGAAAAAUCGUCGCAAGGACCGCAAGCUGGGAGCAAACCUUCUCACAAUUGGUUUUGCAAUUUAUGAGGUACCGGAGGAGAUGAGAGGAAACAAGGAACAUUUACCAAAAGACUUUUUCCUCUACACUGCAUCCAAGGCAAAGUGUAAAAGUUACAUCAACCUACGAGAGGUAUCGCAGCGCUUCCGCCUGAGCCCUGGAGAAUAUGUCAUCAUUCCAUCAACAUAUGAGCCACACCAAGAGGGGGAGUUUAUCCUGAGGGUCUUUUCAGAAAAGAGGAAUCUGUCUGAAGAGAUUGAAAAUCGCAUUGAAGCAGAUCAUCCUGUGCCAAUCAUCUUUGUCUCUGAUAUGCCUAAGGAGCUACACAGUGAAGAUUAUCUCGAUAAAAUGAAGACUGUGAGCCAGACAAUGGAUAUGAAAGAGCCUUCCCCUGUGUCUGAAGAAGAGACUGAAGAGGAAAAGCAGUUCAGAAAUAUAUUCAAGCAACUUGCAGGUGAUGACAUGGAAAUCAGUUCCUAUGAGCUCCAGUCUGUUCUUAACAAAGUUGUUUCGAAACACAAAGACUUAAAAACAGAGGGGUUUACACUGGAAUCAUGUCGCAGUAUGGUUGCUCUCAUGGACACCGAUGGAUCAGGAAAGCUGAACCUUCAGGAAUUCCGGCACCUCUGGAACAAGGUCAAAGUGUGGCAGGGGAUCUUCAAACAAUAUGACACUGAUCAGGCAGGAUCCAUCAACAGCUAUGAGAUGCGCAAUGCUGUCAAUGAUGCUGGUUUCCAUUUGAAUAACCAGCUGUAUGACAUCAUCACCAUGAGAUAUGCAGACAGGGACAUGAACAUCGACUUCGACAGUUUUAUAUGCUGCUUGGUCAGAUUGGAAGGCAUGUUCAGGGCAUUCCAAGCUUUUGAUAAAGAUGGUGACGGCAUCAUUAAACUCAAUGUCUUAGAGUGGCUACAGCUGACAGUGUAUGCCUAGUUUGCACUAAGCACACUCCUGGGACUGUUCUUGUUUAAAAGAAAGACUUUGAUUACCUCAGAACCUCAUAGUGCCUUUAUCAUGAAGGCCAUCUUCCUAUGAUGCAUGUAAAAUUGCAUGGAAAUCCAGGAUCAAUAUUUUUACAUCACACAAACAAGAGAAGACCUUGACAGAAUACUAUGCCUCUAAAGGUUUUAAUAAUAAAUAAAAGCGAUGAGCAGUAUUUUCCACCUCAGGCGGAAGAAGAGCUUUCAGUUGAUUAUUUUGUUUAAUAAAGUUUCAUUUUAAAUGUUUCUCUGAAAUAUUUUUCUAACAAGCUGAGUAAGGAAGGAGCAUUUAAAAUUACUAUGUCCAGUUUAGUUUAGGGGUGCCAGCAUUUGGGGAGGGGUAUUACUAUCUGGCUAAGAAGGUGCAUUAAAAUUAAAGAUAAGUAGCAAUGCAAAGGGGUAUUUGAAAAUCUACAGAAAAGUGUGUCCCUUCUCAAAAAGGGUAAACACCUCACAGUAUUCUGAACUUGUUGCAUUUCUUUUGGGGAUGUAUCUGAAGUGCAGAAGGUUUUUGGGGAUGCAUCUGAAGUGCAGAAGGUUUUUAUUAGGAGUUCACCUUCACCUGAGUGGCUAAUAUCUUAAGUCCAGUGCUCACCAUCAUAUGGUAUAUCUGCCAAGAUGGAACAGGUAGUGUAAUAUGCCUGGCACCUGCAGCUGUUGGAAAUGUGACACAUAACUGUGAAUUUCAUUGUUAUAAAAAUGAAAGGAAAUAAAUGAUUGUGCAUUCUGCUAUGCUUUUUAAUGUAAGCAUGUUUUGUUUGCUGAACUAUCUGUACAUUUACAUAAAGAGUGAGAUUAAAGUUGCAAUAUAGAUGUGAACCAGCACAAUGCUGAAAGUGUGCUAUAAUGUAAGUAUUUUCAAUUUCUAACUAAAAUGUUGUUGGAAUUUCUGUAGUGUAGUCUGUAUAGACAUCCAACAUUUGGAAAGGCCACAUCGCUGUUUUUAAAAAUAUAAGUAUGGAAAUUUCACUGUCAUAUUGUUACUUUUUCCCCUAGAUUAUUUACAGUGACUGCUAAUACAGAUAAACUGCACAUAGUUCAUACUUGACCAUUUCCCAGGACUGAAUGUUUAGAAAAGCAGUAAUACUCUCAAUUGGUCUUCCUACAUUUAGACAAGACUGAUAUCAAAAGGCAUACCUCAGAAACCAUGUUUAGUUCAUACUUUAUAAUGCUUGUAAAACUGCAUUUUCUUGUAACAAAAUAACUGGUCUGUGUGAGUUCAGAUCGUCUUGAAACAUCUGUAGAUGUGAGGUGCUAAUAAAUAAAUAAAAUUAAAGGAUAAAUGUAUAU